AUGAGUACCACUGGACUGACUCCAGAUCCUCUCGCAUCAGCCACUUCCACUGUCGACCAUGUUGUACCAGAAGCUUCAGUUAUGAGUGGAGUGGUUCAUUCAUCAUAUCCCUACUAUCUUCAUCCCUCGGAUUAUCCAGGGAUGAAUCUUGUGUCCACAGUUUUUGAUGGAAGAAGCUUUAGUGGAAGGAGAAGAGCUGUAGUAAUUGCUUUAUCUGCAAAAAAUAAGCUUGGUUUUAUUGAUGGAGCUCUUACUAUUCCACAAGCUGAUUCUGACUUCAAAAGACUUGGGCAAGGUGUAAUGACAUGUGCCAAGGACUUGUGGAGUGAUUUGGAAGACAGAUUUGGACAAACUAAUGGAUCUAAGUUAUUUCAGUUGCAAAAGGAACUUAGUGCUGUGAUACAAGGUGUUAGGAGCAAUAUAUUGUUGUCUUUACCCCUACCUUCCAUUGGACAGGCUUAUUCACUGGUGAUACAGAAUGAGAAGCAGAGGGAGAUUCAUGCUGCUCCUGCAUAUCCAGGAGAAUCAGGAUCAUUCCUUGCUACAAACCAGCAGGGAAAUGGAAGAAGGUUCAACGAAAAUAAGGGACAGAAAGGAGGUUUUGAUCCUAGAAAGAAUGCUAAAAUAUGUACUUACUGCAAAAAACCUGGGAUACUAUUGAUAGAUGCUAUAAGAUUCAUGGUGUAG